CCUACCGCCGGGGAACACUGCAAACAGAGGCGUGUGCGUGUUUGGGAUGAAGCGGAUCUGUAGGCGGAAACAGAGACGCGGUGUAAAGUAGGACGGUAUCUUUGUGCCUCAGUACCGGACAGGUUGACGGUGUGCGCGUGCAGUGGGAUUGAUAAAGUAAGCACCUCGCGAGCCUGUAGACAGUGUGAGCGGAAACACGGUGCGGUUUGUGACGGUAAUAAACUUCUCCCUGAGCACUCUGGACUUUAUUGGGACUGUGUUUCAUGGCACGGAGGUGAGAAGAAGAAGAAGCAGCUGCUCCUGAGAUGAGAUGAGAUGAGAUGAAUGCGCGAGAGCUGCGGGUGAAACGCGCACCAUGGAGACGGCGAACGGCGCGCGCGCGCCUCAGCAUCAACCCCAACUGCGCAUGAACGUCCCGAGCAGCGCCAGAGAGCGGGUCUCCAGCGUGGACCCGUAUGGCUUUGAGAGGUCUAACGACUUUGAUUACGAGUCCUAUGAGGAGCUCAUGUCUGAGUAUUUGGCUGUUCUCACCAAAAGGUCAAUCAAGUGGUCAAAACUGCUGCAGGGGAAAAACCGCAUCGAGAGGAAUCUUAAAGUAAAGCGUUAUGUACGGAAAGGGAUCCCAAAUGAAUACCGAGCUUUGAUCUGGAUGGCAGCAAGCGGCUCCCAAGAGCAGAUGGAGAAGAAUCCAGGUUACUACCAUUCACUCCUCCAGGCGCAACACGACCCUAAACUGGUGGAGACUAUCCGCACAGAUUUGCACAGGACGUUCCCAGACAACGUGCAGUUCCGGAAGACGGCUGAGCCGUGCCUGCAGAAGCCCUUGUAUAACGUCCUGCUGGCGUAUGGACACCACAAUAAGGCGGUGGGAUAUUGUCAGGGGAUGAACUUUAUUGCUGGGUACCUCCUCAUCAUUACCAAAGAUGAAGAGAAGUCCUUCUGGCUGAUGGAGGCUCUGCUAGGCAGGAUACUUCCAGAUUACUACACACCAGCCAUGUUGGGCCUGAAGACAGACCAGGAGGUGCUGGGAGAGCUGGUGAAGGUUAAAGUGCCAGCUGUUUGGCAGGCCAUGGUGAAACACGACGUUAUGUGGACACUGGUGGUGUCGCGCUGGUUCAUCUGCCUCUUUAUUGACAUCCUACCUGUAGAGACUGUUCUGCGCAUAUGGGACUGCCUUUUCUACGAGGGCUCCAAGAUCCUAUUCCGUGUGGCGCUCACUCUGAUCCGUCACAACCAGGUCCUGAUCUCUCAGGCUCAGAACCUCCCGGACAUCUGCGACCGUUUCAAACAGAUCACCAGAGGAGCCUUUGUGGAGGACUGCCACCCGUUCAUGCAGAACAUUUUUAAAGAACCCGGAAGCCUCUCCAUGGCGACCAUCACCAAGCUGCGGGUGGUGCACCGAGCACGGAUUAUGGCUGAAGAAUCUUGACUCGGCCCCUAACGCCUCAAACAUUCCAGACUUGUCCUGUGGGCUGUUUUUUUUUUUUUUUUUUAAAAUCUGAUGGCUGAAACUGUUCCCAACCUGAUGAAUUAUUAAGUGACGGUACAGGGAAAUAUAUUUAGAACCUCAACACUAAACUACACUACAGUAAGAAACCAGGCUUUGUGACCUCCAGUACACUUCAUAUUUAAUUAUAUAGACUAGUAAGUAGUUAGUAAGCUGAGCGACCACUUUUUUUUUUUUUUUUUUGGGGGGGGAUGACUGGCACAAGACUUUACAGGUAUGAGCAUGAUGUAGCCUUUCCUCCACAAGCUUGUACAGUUAUUUGUUACCUUGCACAUUUUUCUAGAUGGACCAUUUUGGGAUCUAUCAGAUUUUGAUGACUUGUUACACCUACUGUGAAAUAAAGAGCUUGGUACUGUUGCAUUUUUACACUGGGUACACUUUUUUUUUUUUUCUCCUCAAGGAUGUUUGUGAAAUGUCAAUUUCCUGGACCAACAACUUAUCAGAUUAGUUCUCUAGACACCUACAAUCACUUUAUAAACACCAAUAGAAGGAAGAAUUUUCUUGUGAUACAGUGCUGCACUUUCUAAUUAGCUCCUAAUUGUGUAGUCAGUUUUCUAAAUGAAAAAUAAUAAAGUGAACUGGAUUAAAAUCA